UCAUAUACGUGCGCAAGGCGCACCCUGCGUACAUUUAUACUUAUAAGACGUUGCAAUUUGGCAUUUCCAAUUUCAAGAGUCUUGGAACGAAUUUCCCCUUCCCGCUUCUUUUCCCCAUUCGCAAGAAAUUACUCAAAAAUUCACCACUCUCCCUUCCUAUUCUUUCUUCUACGAUUAUUACUCCACUACUCUAAUUUUCUCUUCACCUCACCUUAUUUCUUCUAUUUUUCCUCGUUCAAAGUCGCCAAGCAAAAUCGAAACCCAGCGCUUUUUAAUUAUCAGCGUGAAAAGUGACCGGUUGUUCCGAGCUAAAAUCGUGAGAAUGGAAGUAGACGUGAGACGAAGUUUACGAGAAGAUCGAAUGAGUGACUGUCGAAGUUUUGGCAGCAAUUAUCGUCCAUCCAGUCAAUCUAGAAAGAUUUCUAUAGGAGUUAUGAUAGACUCUUUAGCUAAGAGAAACCUUGGAGCAACCAAGGAAGACAAGGGUAAACAGCCAAACGCAGAAAGAAUCAAACCUAGCAGUGAAAUUUCCACAGAGGGAAAAAACAAAAUGGAAGUUGUCACAACUUCCAAGAGGAAGCAAACUGAAGAUACCGAGCAGGUUAAGUCUCCAUGGAUUACUCCUAAAUCCUUAAAUAAAAAAUUUAUUGCUCCAGAUACUGCCUCUUUUGCGGAAGAAACUUCCAACCCUAGACAGAAGAAACAUAAUGCAGUGAAGGAUCUGCCAGUAACAUAUUCAGUUCAGUUUUUUUCAAACCAAACCUUGAAUGCACAGAAUGUUGGUAGCGGGCAGAAUAAGUUUGAUGGCCACAAAAGGAAAGGAAGGAUGGAUGGCAACUCACAGAGGAUGAAGGAGUUCAAUUUUGCAAAUGCAAAGAAAGUUGUUGGGCUUGAUAAAGAGGUGUUAGAGGAGAAAGCAGAUAAAACACGAAACGUACAAACUGAAACUUUGAAAACGAAGCUGCAUGAGUUAUUGGGAACUGUUUCUUCACCAAAAAGUUUGCGAUCUAGUUCACAGUUUCAUGAAGUCAAUGCCAAUAAUUUAAAACCAGAGAUAAGCACUGAUCAUAUGGGAGACACAGUUGUAAAACCCAGACAAAAUUCAGAUACUAUAGAAACUGAUUCAGAAAAUCCUGAUAAGACUAUUAAGAGGCCAGUAACCCGAUCUUCGACCGGAAAGCCAGUUCCAGCCAAAGUGCAACCAGACAAGACUAAAGUUGGUUUAUCCUCCAAGCAGAAACAACAAGAAAGCAUCUUCUCUCUUGGAGAAGGAAGAUUUACAAAGCUAGAUGGUGCUGUCAAUAGUGGCUCAACAUUGUCCUGGAGAAUGACAAUUCAGAAGAAAAGAUCUAAAAUUGAUCCAAGUAAGAUCUGUUUUCCUGAAGAGGAUAACACAGAUGAGAUAAAGCAAUCAACUUAUAGGAGUGAAACACCACUGCCUGCAGAGAAUACUUCUAUACUUGGUAACAAGAUUGAAAGCCUUCCUGUCUCCUUUAGUGAGAAAAGGAGAGAAAACUUUGAAAGGGUUCAAGAAAAAGACUCUUUUCAUUCUCCAGUGACCAACGAGACAAGCCAGCAGGUUAAUCUUGAGAAUCCAACGUCACCAAAAAAUGGGGAUAAACAAGAAGAUUAUGAUAACAUAUCUUUGAGGAAUUUUGUGUAUGCACAAGAUGAUCUCCAAAGUCCAACUUUAGGAUUCAAAACACCUAUUUUAAUUACUUCUCUGAGUGCAAUGCCAAAAACUGCAGAGAUAGAGCAAGGUGCUUGCAGUCCUGUACCAUCUGACAGAGGAUUUACCAUACGAAAUUUCCGGAUCUUCAGGACUUUCCAGACUUCAAGACCUGUUUAUAAUAAAUCCAAUGCACAAGCUCAAUCAAUUGAAGAUGCGGAGAAGCAUACCAAUUCUUCACUCGGGAAUCCAAUGCCUGCUAAGGAAAAAAAUGAUGCAGUAAAUGAGCAUUCUGAGGCAUCAUCGGAAGACCGGUGUUCAGAGAGUUUUGAAGAAGGAUCACCCAUUAUUAGAAGAUAUGAUUGUCACAGAGAAAAGCUGAUCUCACGAGAGACUGUUAUUUCUGAGAAACCAAAAUUUGUGCAUUGUCCAAUCAAAUGGCUUCGAAACUAUGAAGAUGUCAGACUUAGUGAAUUCAGUCCCACCUCACCCCCUGAAAAAGGGGCAGGGAUUGGAGAAAGUUAUUGGUUCCAGGAACCCUCAGAGCAAGACCAAGAAGAUGAAUUGACAAGGGCUAUUACACUGUUUGCUUUGGCUUUGGAAACCUUUAAAUGGAAAAUGGAUUCAGCAACUAGAAAGAAGUCAACUGAGAUUUUGAUGUCCAUUUCUGAGGAGAUUAAAUCAAUGUUGCUGAAUGCUGAGUCUCAUAUUGAAUCUGAUGUAGGGAAGUUGAGUACUGUCAGUAAAACAAAAAGGAAACGCCUGGAAACAAGAUUGCAAGAGCAACAAGAACAGUUGAAGCUGAUAGUUGAGAAGUUCAAGGAGGAUAUCCAUCAUCAUCUUCUGGACUGCAAUAGUAUCCUUGAAGGGAUGGAAGCUCACCAAAAUGAGUUAAAGGGAAUCAUGAAGAAACAAAAAGCAUCACACCAGAAGCUUCUCAUGCAUGCGCAAGAAGCAGCUGAAAUCCAACUUAAUAAUGCCGAAAGAAGAAUGACAGCUGUCCAUGAGUCGGCGAGGGAAAAGAUGCUCCAGCUAAAACAUGUGAUAGCAGAGUGCUUGAGAGACAAUAUAAACUAAACUGACAGAUGCAUGAAGAUCAACUUUCACUCAUCUGAAGAACUAAGAACUUGACAUUGUAAAUUGUUGUAUGUGCUAACAUUUUUCUAAUACCUUGUUCUCUACUUAGCCAUUGAUUAUUCAUCUUUCAAUUGUCCAAUAGAACCUUAUCUGCAAUAGUGGUGAACUGGUGAUAUCACUUUUUCUUUGAGUGGAAAUGCGUUCUUGAUGCCCAUGUUGGCCUGAGUAGUGUGAUUGGUUUUAGUCUUUUAGAUAUGAAAAUGUAAAGAAUCUCGGACUGUAGUGCAUUAGAUUUAUGGCCCGCAAUGAUGAGACCUCUUUUCCAAAUAUUUACAUGAUUUUGAUGCAGAAGGCACUUUGGAGAUUUCUAGGUAAUUACAUUAUUCGUUGUAGUAACUCUUUGUUGGAUUUAUAUGUGAACCGAGAUGGUGCCACCUGUAUUUUCUGAAGUUUUGGUUGUUUUUCUUUUUACACGUGCACCUUAAAUGAAGGAAAAUGAUAGUGCAAUUUUCUUUUGGGGUACUGGAUGAAACGGAUAUGAAUGUUCCAUAUUUCGUUGUUUGUCAUUACUUAUUUGCAAACAUUUGUGGGGGCGAUAAGCUCAAAAAUCUUAUUGUUGGCUUUGUGUUUAUGGUGUUGGGUUAUUAAACUCACAAGCAUCUUCCAGUCCACGGGCUGGUCUUGUUACUACGGUUUUUCGUUAAGUCUCUAUACACCACAAUCACGGUGAGACAUGUCUUCAAUUUUCCUUUUUUUUUCCCUAUUCCGCCACUCCUUUUUCCAUGCCCCACAAUCUGCUGUUCGUUGUGAUGCAACGAAACUGAUUACCACUGUGGUCUUUUACAUCAGCAUAGAACCAAAAAAUAGUUUUUUUUUGGGAUUAAAAAAAGAGACAAUAUGAUGCCUUUGUUCGGUUAAACACGCCCUUGUUAGGUUGAACACACCUUUAUAAUUUACAAGAGACGCGGGGCAGAAAUUUUUGGGUUUUCUCAGGCGGACACGCCAGCAUCGAAAACGAAAGACUUAAAAUUUUGGGCAUAUUCUACAUGGGAUUAGGUUUUAUAUCUGACACCAUUUAAUGUUCAUUGAGUUUGGGACUUUCAUUUUCCUCAUCAUUGUGGUGCCCUGAGUCCCUCCCUUCAUAGCACUGUCGCUGUCAGUCUGUUUUUCUUCAAGUAUUGGCCACAGGUUUGUUUCGUCGAUCCUUGCAGCUGCCUGCCUGGCAGAGGAAAAGUUAAACCUAAAAAAAAGAAAUACAAGAAAAAGUACAAAGACAUGAAAACAUAGGGCCACGUGAACCAUAGGUUAUCACGUGAAGGACACGCUUUUUUCUUCAGUCUUACUUCCUUA